GUGUGUGCAGCGGGAUACUGGUUACUCGUCGCCUGUUUCAGCUAGCAGUUAGCUUGUCUGCUACGAUGUUAGCAUAACAACGGGGAAACACACAGUUCAAUGGAGUCUUCGCUGCUCCAGGCUACGUUGCUGACCGGGCUUCGUCACGACCAACGAGGAAGUGCGCGCGAGUGUCCCUCUCGCUCCAGCGCGAGUCUUCUCUUCCGAUGAACCCACAGCAUUAGUGUCGUGAAAACCAAAGGUCCCUGGUUCAGCGUGAAAUUAGACGCUGUGAUGUCGUUCACGCACGAAUCAAGGGGGACGAGCGCGACGAGUGACAAGUGAAGGUAAGGAAGGAGCCCGGAUCCACCAUGGGGAACACGGCGUCGAAGAGUGGCAGCGUGGAGGAACUGGCCAAAACAACUUUGUUCGAGAAGGAGCCCAGUGGGAUCACAUACAGGAUCCCCGCUCUCGUCUACCUGAGGCACAGUCACACCUUCCUCGCCUUUGCAGAGAAGAGGUCCUCCCCUUGUGAUCAUGAUGCCAAGAUUCUAGUGAUGAGAAGGGGGACGCUGAAAGAGGACGGAACUGUUAAGUGGUCCCCAAGUCAGGAGCUGCUGACAGCGUGUCUACCCAACCGCCGCACCAUGAGCCCUUGCCCGGUGUAUGAGAAAAACGGCAAAAUGUUGUUUUUAUUCUUCAUCUGCGUGUGGGGGAACACCACGGAGAGGAGGCAGAUCCUCACAGGUAAGAACCAGACCCGCCUCUGUUGUGUCAGCAGCGGUGACGACGGGCAAACCUGGAGUCCAGCGAAAGACUUGACAGACAGUGUGGUCGGCGACACCAUCCACAAGUGGGCCACGUUCGCCGUGGGACCCGGCCACGGUGUCCAGCUGGAGAACGGCCGGUUGAUCAUCCCCGCCUACGCCUACUACAUCCCUCACAGAUGCUUUCGCUUCCCCAUUCCGUUCACCGUGUACCCGCGGGCACUGUCCAUUUACAGCGAGGACUUUGGACAGACGUGGCACAUCGGUAAGAUGCUUCAAAAAAUAUCGUGUGAAUGUGAAAUGGCGGAGAUCAUCGACCACGAGGGCCGGAGUCACCUGUACUGCAACGCCCGUCACGACGGAGGACACAGGUGCGAGGCCCUGAGCGAGAACAGCGGCCUGUAUUUCGACAAGCCCCACACGGCCCCGGAGCUCGUGGAGCCGCCCUCUGGCUGUCAGGGCAGCGUCAUCGGCUUCCCGGCUCCGGAGUUUGUCCCGAACGACGACGCCGAGAGCAAAGCGUGCGGCACGUCCCUCCUGUCCCCCGACACCCAAACCUGGCUCCUCUUCAUGCAUCCGACCGACAAGUCCAGGAGACGGGACAUGGGUGUGUAUUUGAACCGGUCCCCCCUGCACUCGUCGGGAUGGGACCGUCCCAGGAUCUUCCACAGGGGCCCCAGCGGCUACUCGGACCUGGCCUACAACGGAGACAAGGAUCAGUUCUCGUGCCUGAUGGAGUGCGGGAAGGAGAGCGAACUCGAGCAGAUUGCCUUCAUGUCGUUCACCCUUAACGAUGUCAUGCAGACCGGCGGUAAGAAAGGAAAGAAGAUGCAUUGAAUCGCGGUGGCUUUAUAUGUGUAUUAACUUAACAGAGCUCCCUGACAUUCUCAUGCAACCUUAAAAAUACAACCCCCCCCACCCCCCCCACCCCCCCCCCCCCACCCCCACCACUGAAUAUGCUGUGCAGCAACAUCCGUCUGUGUUUUACCGUUGUUCUACAUUCUGGAGAUGAUAAUGCAUGACUCGUGUGUUUUGUUGUCUCCCUGUUUACAUGAAAACGUAAUUUGAAGUCCUAAUAGUGUUGAUAUGCAACCAACCGUACCAGGAAGGGGAGGGUGGUAGAUUUCGAAGCAUGCUGUGCCGGACUGUCCUUUUUAUUUCAAACAGACGAUGUGUGUAGCAUGUUUGCCGAGCACCUCAUACCCAACUCUGCAUCUUAUUAAAGUGUCAGUAUUCCUGAGCAGCGGAGAGGGUUUUGCCUACCUCUUUUUAUUUUCAUAUGAAGAUCAUUCGCGGGCCUUGUAAAGUCGAGUGAAGAGUUUCCUCCAUGCUCAGCCUCUCCCUGAGAUCCAGUGUACUCUGAUUCACAUAUGCCUUCUACUCCACUCUCUGAACGUCAGCUGUGCCACUGUCGCCUGUCAGCGCACAACCCCUUUUUCUGUGGGUCACAGAGAAGAAGCAUUUAAUUCUCAGCGGCCGCAUCCAGCUAAUGAUCAAUGAAGAGUCCAACCAAACUGUACCAGCUCGUAACCCAGCUGGUGAGAGAUUGAUAGAGAGAGUUUAAGAACCUUCACCAGACGACUUCUGUCGACAGCAUUUCGGCGACUUUCUACCUUCAUUUUCCAGCAAGGUUUUCUUAUUCUUUUCCAGUUUUCCAGCACAUUUUGCAUGAGUUUCCAGACGAGCACCAUCGUAUCAUUUUUUUUAUCAACUGCAGGAUUAGGACCAAGUACGAUCAGCUGGCUCUCGGAUGUCACUAUUUACAAAGCCACUAGGAUUCUGCAAACAUACAAAACCUUGUAAUCAACAACUUUCAACAUCCGUCUUUGCCCGGUGUCGUGCGGCAAACUGGCUCGAGGCAACUCCGUGCUAGUUUCAUUGUGUUUUUGUUGACUGUUGUGGAAAAGUGACAAAACCUGCAUGAAACAUGUAUUUUAGUAGAAAAAUAAAGGUAACCUGUGAUCAUCGGA